AUCCCAAUUCAUCUUCUUGAGUAACGUUUCGCUAUUGGUUGAAGAGAGAGAGAGAGAGAGAGAGAGAGAGAGAGGAGAGAAUCGAGAGAUGAAUAUUUCGCUCGUAUUAAAGUAGGAGAAGCAAAAGUGUUGCUAUAGAGAUGGACAUAAUAGAGAUUUCGAUCGUACAUCACAUAGGGAUUGUGCUCACGGCGCUAUGGAUCGCGGUUCGCUUAGGUUGGAGCCACCCUUUGUUGUUCUUCAUGGCUUUUGUGUAUCUCUGCAAGGUUAAUGAACGUUAUAUAAUGAAAUUGAGGAGGCGAUUACAAUACGAGGAAAGAAGAAGUGCCAGUCAACGAAGGCUUCUUUCUGAUGCUGAGACAGUACGUUGGCUAAAUUAUGCGGUCAAAAAGAUCUGGCCGAUUUGCAUGGAGCAGCUCGCGUCACAACAAUUUCUGUUGCCUAUCAUACCAUGGUUCCUGGACAAGUUUAAACCUUGGACUGCUCGUAAAGCAGUUAUGCAGCACCUUUACUUGGGUAGAAAUCCACCUAUGUUCACCGGUAUAAGGGUUAUCGGUGAAUCAACUGAUGAUGACCAUUUGGUUCUUGAGUUGGGAAUCAAUUUCGCAUCAGCAGAAGAUAUGAGUGCUAUUCUUGCAGUGCAGCUACAUCAAAUGAUAGGGUUUGGCAUGACAACAAACUUGCAUAUUACUGGCAUGCAUGUCGAAGGAAAGGUUCUGGUUGGUGUGAAGUUUCUUCAACAUUGGCCAUUUCUUGGGCGUCUCAGGAUAUGCUUUGUUGAGCCUCCUUAUUUUCAGAUGACAAUAAAGCCGGUCUUCAGUUAUGGCCUUGAUGUUUCAGAACUACCAGGGAUUUCUGGGUGGCUAGAUAAGUUGUUGGAUAUUGCAUUUGGGCAGACAUUGGUCGAGCCUAAUAUGCUUGUUAUUGAUGUGGAAAAGUUUGCUUCAGCGCCCUCAGAAGGAUGGUUUACAAUUGAUGAGAAGCCUUCCGUUGCUUAUGUUAAAGUGGAGAUUCUAGAAGGAGCUGACAUGAAACCAUCAGAUUUAAAUGGUCUUGCUGAUCCUUAUGUGAAGGGUCAGCUUGGCCAGUGUACAUUCCAGACGAAGAUUCAGCAGAAAACACUAGCUCCAAAGUGGAUGGAGGAAUUCAAGCUCCCCAUUAGCUCUUGGGAAGCGCCUAAUGUACUAGCUCUCCAAGUUCGUGACAAGGAUCCUAUUUUUGAUGACAUGCUUGGGGAUUGUUUCAUAAAUAUUAAUGAAUUAAGGGGUGGGCAAAGGCAUGAGAAGUGGUUGCCUUUGAAGAACAUUAAGAUGGGAAGGAUUCGGCUAGCAAUAACUGUAAUUGAAGAUGAACUCGAGAAGGGAAAGAACGAUCUUAGUGAAGAUCAAGAAAUCACCAAGAUGACUGAAACAUUGACACCUCCGUCAAGUUUUAUAGCCCAAGAUGACGACAAGGAUGAACAUUUGGAAGAACACAAAAAGGUUGCGGAUGAGUAUGAGCCUAUCAAUAUAGAAGGACAAGAGAAGGUCGGAGUAUGGGUACAUCGUCCCGGGAGCAAUGUUUCGCAAACAUGGGAGUCCCGAAAAGGGCGAGCUCAUCAUCGAGAGAUUCAAGUGAACAGCGAAGAUAAUGAACUCAAGGAGAGCCCUUCUUCUUCACCGUUGGCCACCCGUGAUAUCAGUAGUCCAAUUAGUGACACGAAGGAGAAGGUCGAGGGUGGAAAAAGAUCUCAUCAACAAGGUCACACAAAUAAAGGAUUAGGAGGAUUUUUUGGUUCUGUGUUUCAACCAAGUCCCAGAAAGGAGAAACCGAGAGAGGGCGUGUGGGAGAAGCGGACAUCGGUAAAACUUGAAGUGGAUGAGGUUUCUAUUAGCAGUGCUAGUGGGAAUGUACUAGAGAGUGAGUACAUACAGGGAAAGGACGAGGGAGAGAGCACAGGGGAAAAGAAUAUGAGUAGUAAUGUGAAGAACAACAAUUCUCGGAGUAUGAAGAGUGUGAUCAGCAAGAAAGGUUCCAGGAAGGUUAAAGAAGAACAGCCGUCGGGAAAUGCCCAGAGGGAUGAUUCUCAUGGAUCUAGCUUGUCAAAUGAUGCAAUGUAGGAUCAUCCUCUUGUACUUUGAGGGUUCGCCAAUUGAAAUCCAUUCUUCGGAUAGUAUCAAAUCCAGAAGUGAUGAUUGGUAGAUUGGUUUGGUGAUAUGUUUGGCUUGGAAUAAAUUUAGCAAUGUAAAUAACACUGAUGUCUUCAUAUGGAUUUAGAAGUUGCAUAGAUAGGAGCUUGAAAAAGAUAUGUGAAUUAAGAAAAGGAAAAACUUUUGUUUAACUAGGGUUAUCUCAGUGCUUGAUUGUACAGUUGGUGAGGAAUGGGAGUGCCUGAAAUUUUCUUGUGAUUGUUGUAAUACAUGUAAAUGUACUGAAUGAUCCCUGUAUAGAUCUAUGGAUUGAUUAGUGUAGCCUUCUGUGGCAUUUGGAGAGAUCUUAUUUCUUA